AAAGUUUGUAAUGAAAGGACUCAACGUAUUGCAUUUCUUAGGCUGUUGCUGACAAAAACAACCUCUUCUCUCUUUCUCUCUUCCUCUCUUUCUCUCUUUCUCGACCACUUCUCCGUCUCCUCUAACCGUUCCUGCAGAUUCCCCAUCUUCUUCUUCAACCUACUCGCGGCAGCUUCCUCCGGCUCGUCUAACAAACCACUUCCGAUCUUCUCUUCACCAACUAUGCCCUAAAACUCCACCAACUAUCCACUAUGUUUCUAACCUUCCGGAUCUGAAUCAGACCCUAAAUCUGAAACUGGCUUCUCUCUCUGUAUUCUGAGAGAGAGAGAGAGAGAGAGAACAAUGGCUGCUAUGAUCAUCCAUGUUUUCUCAUCCUCGGCGCUCCUCUCCCUUGGCCUUUACCACAUCGUCUCCGUUACCCUCAAUUUCCUUAAAUCCCCUCAGUCCUAUUCCUCCAGGCCCUACCAUCCUUUCCCGCCGUCUUCCUCGCAUCAGCUUCAUCAUCCUCAUCAUCAACAUCACCAUCACUACGGCCUCCGUUACCUGCAACUUUAUCUCUCAAUCCCAUGCCUCAUUAUCGCCUUUGCCCAUCAAGCCAUUGUCGCCGCCGACCCUGACCCUCUUCUCAAGGGUAGCACCCCUGUUCACCAUUUCAUUUCUCUUCAAUCAGCCGCCGUCAUCUUCCUCUUUCUCAUUCUAACGCUCGCCAUUCUCCUCUCCGACUCCACCUCUCUUCUCCCUCUCCCUUCCGAUCUCUUCUUUGCCCUAGCCUCCGCUCUUUUCUUCUUGCAAUACUCUGUUUCUUCCUCAGCUGCUUCUGUUCAGACCUCCGAUCUUCAAGCCAAAUGUGAUUCUGUCUCCGGUAAAAUCUCCGCCCUGGCCUCCUUCCUCUGCCUGGCUCUUGCUUGUUUGCCCAGGCUUUUCGUCGCCGAUGUGGGUUUGGGGGCGACGUUCUUCCUCCAGGGUCUUUGGGUGCUGCAGACGGGGCUUUCGCUCUAUGUCGAAGCCUUCAUUCCUGAAGGGUGUCACAGGUUGCUGGAUGUGGUGAGUGGCGUGGAGGGAUCCACCAAGUGCGAUUUGGAGGAAUCCCGGCUCAGGGCUGUUGCCAUUUUGGAUCUGGCUUUUCUGAUUCAUGUUAUGUUUGUUCUGCUCAUUGUAAUUGUCAUUUAUGCUGUCAUUGCCAAGACUGUUGGCGUUCGGAGAGUUGGGUCUUAUGAAGCUUUACCAGCUGCUGCUAUUGGUGGGGACAACAAUCAUAUACAGAUGAAAGCAUUGACGGGCACUCAAGCUUAAUCUCUUUAUUUGAUAUUCAGGUACUCCUACGUAGACAGAGUAGCUAUCUUGAUUUGACUGGUUUCAGCGCUUCAAUUCCUCCUUGAAUAUACCAAACGUGCUGUGGGCCUUCAUACUUGAUUAUAUCAGAGUGCAAGAUUUUGUCCUUACUUUACUGCUGUUUGAAAUGUAUGCUUUCUGUGGGGAUAUCAUUGCUUUAUUUGAAUCUGAUCCCUAUUGGUAGCCCUUCACUUGAAUGUGAUACGGGAAUCACAGCAUAUGCACUGUAAAAAGGGAUAAUACUUGAAAUUUGAAAGAUUAUCUCUCUCUUUCUUGAGUUUGCACUUAUGUUUUCUUGUUGAAUUACUUUGACUACUA